CCGCGCGCUCGCCCGCGCCACCGAGGGGAGGUGGCGGCGGCCCGGCCCGGCUCGGCCCAGCCCGGCUGGGAGCUACUUCCCCGCGCUGUAUCUGCCGCGGUAGCUGGAGGGGCGCGGCACGGCACGGCGCGGCGCGGGGGAGCCGUUAACGGUUGUGUGGGCGGCGCGGGGGAGCCGUUAACGGCUGCGUGGGCGAUCGCGCAUUCCGCGGCGGGGGUCGCUGGCGGUUACAGAACACCGGGUCGUGCUUCUUUGCUUGUUUUUUGAGAGUUUGUUCUUGGUUUGUUUUUGUUCUUAUUUUCCCCGUGCAAAGUCCGUGGUGGCACUGGCGUGCUGACAGAAAGCAGGUUUCCAGCCCGCUGGAGCGGCCCCCCCGCGGGCUGACCGCUCUUGUCUGAUUUCUCUCCGCACCCCUACCCCCGCAGCCCCGAGGCGCGCUAGGAGCCGGCCUGGUGGGUCUCUGACACGUAGUUGGUGGGGCCCCGGCCUGCACUGCUUUCUAGCUUCAGCCUGUGAGGAUGCUGCACCCUCGGGAAGUCACUUGCUAGAGAAAAUGUCCCUCAGAGGCUACUGACCUCAGACCUUGCAGAGACCUGCUUCACCAGAGCUGGGAUGGCCAGUCACCAAGCAGAAGUUCAGAGUUUGAAGCUAGAUAAUGAUUCAGUUAUAGAAGGAAUAAGUGACCAGGUACUGGUGGCAGUUGUGCUCAGUUUCACUUUCAUUGCUGCUCUGGUAUAUACCCUUUUAAGAAAUGAACAUCAGAACAUACACCCAGAAAAUCAAGAGCUAGUGCGAGCUCUUCGUCAGCAGCUUCAAACAGAGCAGGAUGUGUCUUCUGGUGAUAGACAUCGUUUCUAUACUGAUAUGUCCUGUCCGGUCUGUUUGCAACAGGCUACAUUUCCCAUUGAAACAAAUUGUGGACAUCUCUUCUGUGGUUCCUGCAUUAUUGCAUACUGGAGGUAUGGCUCAUGGCUUGGCGCCAUCCGUUGUCCAAUCUGCAGGCAAACGGUAACAUUGUUUUUACCACUAUUUGGUGAAGAUCAGCAGGAUGCGGCCCAGGUGUUUCAAGAUGUUAAUGAUUACAAUCGGAGAUUCUCAGGACAGCCCAGAUCUAUUAUGGAAAGAAUUAUGGAUCUACCCACCUUGUUGCGGCAUGCGUUCAGAGAGAUGUUUUCUGUUGGGGGCCUCUUCUGGAUGUUUCGUAUCAGGAUAUUCCUCUGCUUGCUUGGAGCCUUGCUCUAUCUGGCUUCACCUCUGGAUUUUCUUCCUGAAGCCCUCUUUGGAAUUCUGGGGUUUUUGGAUGAUUUCUUUGUUAUUUUUCUUCUGCUAAUAUACAUCUCUAUCAUGUACCGAGAAGUGGUAACACAGCGGCUGAAUAGAUGAAAUGAAUGAAAAUGACCCAGAUGCAGAGGCUGUUGUGGAACGUUAUAAAAGAGAACCGUGACCUAAGUAUGAUGUAACAGGGUGCCUGUGUAAAGUCUCAGUAUUUACAAUUCUAUGGCUUCUAGUUAAUCAUCUUACGCAAAUAUGAAGGGUUAAUAUGUGGUGAUGCUUAACUGGAAUCUUUAGUUUGUGUAUUACAUAUGCUUUAGUAAUGGUGAAGUUAGUUUUAUAACUUAAUAAACUACCUUCAUCUGUGUAUACCUGAUAAACAAUUGUAUGUAAUCAAAGUAGAAAACACCUCCUCAGGUGUGUGGUUUGUGGAAAAGAAGUUCUAGUAAAGGACUUCUGACAAAAAAUCUGCUUGGGUAAUCUAGACCUGUUUAAAGAAAUUCAGGAAUUCUUCACUGUACAGUCACUUAAUAUCUCACUGUGGUGGGCUAGAGGUUUUUAAAAUAAAAAUAGUUUUGUGUAUCUCUGUAGAAGAAAAAAACUGAAAACUGCAUAUCACAGUUCGCACCCUGUAGUUUGCUGAUAUCCACAAUUCAUGCUUCACAAAAACAAAGAGAACACCUCAGUGUUGCUUGAACUGCACUAUAUAUGGUCGCAUGCAAUUCGUACAAUUUUAUUUUUAUAUUUUGGAAUAUACAUACACCAUCUGAUCUAGAUGGAGAAACAACCAAUAUUAUGCAUGCCAGAUUGGAUAAUGCUCUAUUUUUAAAUGGGAGCAUAGUUUUAAGGCUUGUUUAUUUGGGGAGCUUAUAUUUUGGAAAUUGGGUAUUUCAUGCUGAUUUGUGUGCUGUUUUAGGUUAAUGCAGUUUAUCUGAAUUGAGAGUUUACACCCCUGUAGUUGUGUUAAAGUAUUUAACUGAUGGAAAGAACCCUCAGAUUUUAGUUAGUGAUUAAAGGAAACAAGUCAGAACUGGAUAUUUACAAUUCAGAAUUUUAACUGAGUAGGAAUUCUGCAACACUAAUAUUAAAUGACCUAGGUGUUUGGUUUUUUUAUUUUUUUUAUUUAUUUAUUUUUUUUUUUUUUGGUUUAGGAUUAGUGGUUUUUUGGUUGAUUGGUUGGCUUCGGUGUGGGUGGAGCGGGGUUUGAAUUAACUUGAAAUUUCUGUGAUAAGGGACCACAAGAACUCCUGGAAAUGUUUUCAAAACUACCAGUGGUGUAUUAGUUAUCCUUAAUGUUGACUUUUUUUUUCUGUUGAAUUUGAACGUAGACUAUCAUCACUACAGAACUCAUUUGAAAAUACCUUCUUUAUAUAAAAUCAAUGUCACUAGAAAAUUCAAGAGUAUUCUUGAUCUAUACACUUUUAGUUGGAGGAAAAAUGUUUGCCAUUUUACUUUAACUUCCUGAUUACUUGAAAGAUAGUGACUAGAAAGGGGAUUAUUUGCAUGUUUACAUAAUAUGGGAAGCUACUUAAAGUGAUAAAUGGACCUGUUGACAGAUUCUGUUUCUGGCUCACACAGAAAUCUUCCAAUGUGUUCCUGGUACAGAGGCAUGUGCAGGAAGGUGAUAGAACCAGUGCCUGAAGUGCCAUUCUGUGGUUCAUGUUGGAGAUUAUCCUUCAGUGUCAGUGUUUUGAAAGUGACAUUCAUUUAAAAGUGAAUUCCAUGAUUCUUCAUCUGAAAACUUAUUAUUGAAAAUCCAAAGCCAUGUUACAACUGAACUGGAAAGCUUCAUUUUUCCUUGCUGCUGUAUUUAGUUAUUAGCAAGAAGAGCAAGAAGAGAAAAAGGAAGUGGAAUAAGGGUGGAGGAAGAACAGAGAGAGAGAGAGAGAGAGAGAAAAUGACUUUUGUAAGCAAAUUCUGUUGCUUUUGACAAACUUUAGCUGUUCUUGAGUGUCUUUUUUCUUGUUUUUCCUUUUGCUUUGGCAUCAUUAAUAAUCAUUAAUAAUGAUUUGGUGGCUACCUCAGUUUAAAAGUCAUUAUGGUAUUAUUGAGCAAGUGUGGGAUAUUCAUAAACUGUUAAAUAUAUGUGCAAAAGCAAGAUAGUAAUACAGGAUCUUGGUGAGAUCUUGGAACUGAGCAGUGUUGCCCUAAGCACUGCUUUCUUGCAAGACAUUCAUUAAGUAUUUUUACCGAGUAGAUUUAACGCUCCCUUUUCUCCUGAAAUUAAGUUUGUGGAUCUGCUUAGAGAAGAGCAUGAGCUAUUGUUGGAGUCUGUUCAUAGAAUCUCUUGACCUAAUACUGCCUUCAUAGGUUUAUCCUGUAAGUGUGUUUAUACUUUUUCCUAUGCCUCUCUAAAUCCUGAGUGAAUGUAGCUGUAUCUGAAGCUGGCUGACAAGCUGCUUACUGACUUCCUCACUCAGCUUCCCAUUUUCACGUGCUACUGUCAAGAAAUUCAUGCAGAAAUACUCAUCUAAGGAAUUUCUGAAGAACAGAAAAUUCCCUCUUUUGUACCUGCACUUAUGUACAAGCCACAUCUGAGUAGCUCUAUGAGGUGUUCUUGUAUUGUUUCCUUCUUCACCCCUUCCUUUCUGCCAACCAAAAAAGUUUCACUUGAGACCUCUUCUUAAUUUAGGAUAUUGAGGAACAUUAUAAGCUUUAAUUGAACAUAUUAAGUGCUUGAAAAAAAUUAGAACUGUCGCUCCUUUUCACCAGCAUACAUCUGUUUGCAUAUGGAGACAUUUGUGAAGAGUUUUUUUUUUUUUUUUACUUUUUUCCCCCUUUUUUCGUCUGUCAGCUGUGAACAGCUGUAAUGCAAGGAGGGUCUUAUCAAAAGGAUGCAUCUGCCCCACAGUGUCUGGCCGCUGCUCUUUUAGACAUAUCUGAACUAGCUGUAAAUUUGCUCUCUUGGGUAAUGUUACUAGUAUAGCUAGAGCUUAGCUUAAGCUUCUGGGCCACCCAAGAAGCUGGAGAUAAAUACACGAGUAUUUGGUCUUCCUGAACUAUGUGCUGCCAAGUUACCCUGAUAUCAAUGUUCAAGGUAAGUGUUAUAAACAGAGCUGAGAGCUAGCAUCAGAACUUGAAAGAAAUAACCUGAUACUGUGCAGACGUGGCUGGCUGGCUGGUAUGUCUCAUGGUAUGGGGCAGCCAUCUCCUUAAGGCAAAAAAUAACUAAAUGAAAAGGAAGACCCUAGCAGCAGAGAAGAGAUACAGGGAAAAUUGCUGUUAUUAAAAGGUUCUCAUGGCUUUGCCAAAAUCUGUGUCAAAUAUUUGAUUCUUUUCCAGCAGUAUUAACAAAGAGGAAAAUAAAAUUUUAUUUCGUAGCUCUUAUAGAAUAUCUUGCAGCAUCUUAAGGCCUGAUGAUAACCCUAAUAGAACAAUCUGUUUCUGUGUUGUUUUGUGACCCACCACUGAUGCCCAAGAGGAUGAGGCAGAGUGGUGUAAUUUGGGGAUAGAAUUUUCCAUGGGUUUCAUAGAACUGUUCAUAGCUGUGACCUGCUUGUUGCAUUAGAUUUUUAAGACAAAAAGGUUCAACCUGCCUGUUGUUACUUGUAAUUAUAAUAAACUGCUAUUAAGGCAA